AUGGCCUCAACGAUAAAUUUUUUUUCCAAAGAAGACAUUAGUAAUAAGGAAGAAAAUGAAAAAGAGGAAAAGAAAUCAAACAAUAAAGAAUUGUUAGAAAAUAAUAAAGAAAAGUCCUGUUCUGGUAUACAGAAAACUAUUAGAUUAUUGAACUUAUUUAGUAAUAGUGAAAAGAAGAGGAAAAUUGAUAAUAGUAGAGAAGAAUAUUCUGAUAAAAUAUUAGAAAAACAAAGUACAUUAAGUUUAAAAGAUAAAGAACAAAAUGCUUUAAAUUAUAUAAAUAAUGAAUAUGUGAUUGAAAAAGGAAAUGAUAAAUUAUGUGAGGAGCAGGGACAAGAUCACCAAAUUUCUAUAGCUUCUUUGGAGGAUGAGGGAUCAUACAAUAAAAAUGUUACGACUUUUGAAAGGAAUGAAUCUAAUAAUGAAAAAAUGAAGGAUAUAAAAAAUGAUGAUAUAAAAAUUAAGGAAAAAAUUAAUUAUAAUAAAAUAAAUAAUGAUAGAAUAACAUACGAUGGCAAAUCAAAAAAAGGGGAAGAAAAAAAUAAAUAUAGUAAAGAAAAGACAAACACGCAUUUACAUGUAGAAGUAGAAAAAAAGGAUAAUAUAAAACAUUUCUUUGAUUAUAACAAAUAUAGGAGUAAAUGUAAUGUAACCUUUUCAAUGAAAUAUAAAGAUAGUUCUGUAAGUCUAAGUAAUGAUAAGUUAACUUGUUAUGGUGAUAAAGGAUGGUCAAGUGUUUUUGUAAAUAACGGUGCAGAUAUUGGAAAAUGGUAUUAUGAAAUAAAAAUUGAAGAGCCUGUACAAAAUUUCAAUUUUUUAGGAUAUAAAGAUAAAAUUAUAAAAGUCAAUCCAUAUAUAAGAGUUGGUUUUGCUUGUAGAUAUAUGAGAUAUGAUUAUCCUAUAGGUACAGAUAAAUAUAGUUAUUGUGUUAAUAGUAAAAAUGGUAAAAUAUUUAACAAUUCUAUUAGUUAUGAUUGUAUGGAACCUUUUAAUGUUGGUGAUAUUAUUGGAUGUUAUUUAAAUUUAAAAAAUAAAAAUUCAUAUAAUUUCGAUCCAAGAUUAGAUAAAAAGCUAUAUGAACAUUUACAAAAUGGAAUAUUAUGUGAUCCCAAAAAUCCACCUCUCUUAAAAAAAAAUGAAGGUUCAACUAUAUUCUUUUCUUUAAAUGGACAAAUAAAAAAGACAUCCUUUAUGGAUAUUUAUGAAGGAUUUUAUCAUCCUUCUGUAAGUUUAUAUAUGGGAGCAUCAGCUAAAAUUAACUUGGGCCCUAAUUUUACAUAUAAUCAUUUGCAGGACUAUGUCCCAUGUGUAUAUAUGGAGCCUCCCACCGUAUUAUAA